AUGAUGACCAAUCAAAUCUUACCACCUCUAUCGGGUGUGACUGUAAUCGAGUUUGGUGGCCUCGCUCCUGCGCCAUUCUGCGGUAUGGUCUUGGCCGAUUUCGGUGCUACUGUUGUGAGAAUUGACAGAAUUGGUGAUGAUCAUUAUGACGUAUUCGAUAGAGGAAAUAAAAUAAAUAUCAAAAUUGACAUCAAGUCCGCUUUAGGAGGUAAAAUCAUCCGAGAAUUACUGCGAUCAGCGGAUGUUCUCAUUGAUCCUUAUCGCCCGGGAGUUUUGGACAACCUUGGUUUCGGCCCAACACAAGUAUUGGAGAAUAUCAACUCAAGAAUCAUCUACACUCAGCUGACGGGAUAUGGCCAAUCGAAAGAUACUCCUGAACGGCAAUAUGCUGGUCAUGAUAUUAAUUAUAUUGCAGCUAGCGGCGUUUUGGAUCUCUUACCAAAUCGACUCCCACCAAUAAACCUCCUCGCAGACUUCGCAGGAGGCGGUCUCAUGUGUGCUUUGGGGGUUUUAUUGGCGCUGCGUCGAAGAGAUAGAACUGGAACAGGUGAAGUUAUUGAUUGUAACAUGGUUCACGGAGUAGCCUAUCUUUCGACUUUCUUGUAUGGUAUGAUUGCGAAAGAAACGCCUGUGUUAAAUGAGCGGAAAAACGGCGGAGGAAUAUUGCGCUUUGAAAGUCAUUUUUAUAACGUUUAUGAGACGCUCGAUGGUAGGCAUCUCGCGGUGGGAGCGAUUGAACGGAAAUUCUAUCAGAAAUUCCUGCAGGGUAUGCAUGUGGAAGAUGACGAGGAAUUCAUUGUUGGCUAUGUUGAUUCCAGUCGGUGGCCGGGGCUGAUCAAACGGACUCGGAAAAUUAUUAAAGGAAAGAGUAUGGAGGAAUGGAUGGGCAUUUUUGAUCUUCGAGAAUCGUGUGUUUCUCCUGUGUUAACGAUAGAUGAGGCUGAAAGAAAUCCGAAUUUAUUUUCCCCAGGAGGAAAGUUGCCAAAACGAGCACCUGUGUUGAAGGGAUCGGCUGUGGAAAAGAUAUCAUCACGCACAACGGAGAUUAUGGACUAUCUGAAGUCUGAUGUUGUGAAAGGAGCCAUUGCAGCGGGAGUGGUUAUUGUACCGAAGAUUAGGAGUAAUAUCUGA